ACGUCGCAGACACCAAGGAUUUAGUGAGAUGCGUUGUGCGCAGAGGCUCAAACUGUCUCACUUAAACCACAUUGCAGGUACGCAGUGAGAGGGAAAGACUUCUUCAAAUAUUUUCUUGAAAACCAUCCAAUACUGAAUCAAAAUGCGUGAGUGUAUCUCUGUCCACGUUGGCCAGGCUGGUGUCCAGAUGGGUAACACCUGUUGGGAGUUGUACUGUCUGGAGCAUGGCAUCCAGCCCGAUGGUCAGAUGCCCGAUCACAAGCCUGUUGGUUGCCACGAUGAUUCAUUUACCACCUUCUUCAGCGACACCGGAGCUGGAAAAUAUGUCCCCCGUGCCAUCUUUGUAGACCUUGAGCCUACAGUCAUCGAUGAGGUCCGCACAGGCACUUAUCGCCAGCUGUUCCAUCCUGAACAACUUAUUUCAGGCAAAGAGGAUGCUGCAAAUAACUAUGCCCGCGGACACUACACUAUUGGCAAAGAGAUCAUUGACUCCGUCUUGGACCGCAUACGCAAAUUGGCUGACCAAUGUACCGGACUGCAAGGUUUCCUCGUUUUCCACAGUUUCGGUGGAGGCACAGGCUCAGGUUUUACCUCCCUUCUGAUGGAGCGUCUCUCUGUUGACUUCGGAAAGAAGUCCAAGCUGGAGUUCGCCAUCUACCCUGCUCCUCAGGUCUCCACAGCUGUGGUUGAGCCGUACAACUCCAUCUUGACCACCCACACCACCCUGGAGCAUUCCGACUGCGCGUUCAUGGUGGACAAUGAAGCCAUCUACGAUAUCUGCAGGAGGAACCUGGACAUCGAACGUCCGUCCUACACCAAUCUCAACAGGCUCAUUAGCCAGAUCGUCUCCUCGAUUACCGCCUCUCUGCGGUUUGACGGCGCCCUGAACGUCGACCUGACGGAAUUCCAGACCAACUUGGUGCCCUACCCUCGUAUCCACUUCCCGCUGGCCACGUACGCUCCGGUUAUCUCUGCUGAGAAGGCCUACCACGAGCAGCUCUCCGUGGCUGAGAUCACCAACUCGUGCUUCGAGCCCUGCAACCAGAUGGUGAAGUGCGACCCACGCCAUGGAAAAUACAUGGCCUGCUGUUUGCUGUACAGAGGAGACGUGGUUCCGAAAGAUGUCAAUGUGGCCAUCGCCGCCAUCAAGACCAAGAGAAGUAUCCAGUUUGUAGACUGGUGCCCCACUGGCUUCAAGGUGGGCAUCAACUACCAGCCCCCAACCGUGGUACCCGGCGGAGAUCUGGCCAAAGUGCAGAGAGCCGUGUGCAUGCUUAGCAACACCACAGCCAUCGCCGAGGCCUGGGCUCGUCUGGACCACAAAUUUGACCUGAUGUAUGCCAAGAGAGCCUUCGUCCACUGGUAUGUUGGUGAGGGCAUGGAAGAGGGCGAGUUCUCUGAGGCCAGAGAAGACAUGGCAGCUCUGGAGAAGGACUAUGAAGAAGUGGGCAUUGAUUCAUUUGAGGAUGAGGAGGAAGGUGAAGAAUACUAAAGGCAAAAUGUGUGCUGUUUUCUGCCAGAUUUGGACAGAAUAAUAUGAAUGAAUAUGAAUAAUUAAGAAUAAAGAUUUUAAUUAUU